AGUAUCCGGAUAGUCCGGGCGUCGCGAACCCCCGCGCGGAUUGUCUCCACAACAACACUGUUGCCUGACCUUUGCACUCCUCGAGCACACUGCGGCUCUUUCCAGGAAAAGAAUAUCGUACAGAGAUAGUACCAGCAUCUGAAAUGAACUAUUUAUCAUUUCUUUGUCGAGCAGUUCCACGUAAUAUCUUGAAGGUAGUUCCGCCACUAGUAAGGCCUCUUCAUAUUCUUAGACCAAUUGAGCCAAUAAUCACAACACGAAACUCGAUUUUGCAGCCAGUCACUCCCACACUUGUUCCAGUAUGUGGAAUGAAACAGAAGGGUCGACUUAGGCGACGUUGUAAAGACUGCUUCUUUGUUGUGCGGCAAGGGCGACUUUAUGUCAUGUGUCAUACCAAGCCUCGUCACAAACAGAUGGCCAUGCAGAAAUCUGAAAAAAACACUUGGAUGUUAUCACAUGCCACAAUGUCACCAAAACGACCAUGGUAAGCUUGUUAACAACUGGUAAUCUUCAAUGUGGUUUUCAUGACACGUAAAACUUACAUUGCAACCAUAUCCUAUUUCCCUUGUGUAUUUAUGAAUUUCAAGGAUUACAACAGCUGAGAACUGUAUUAAUGUUGUUGUAUUGUAAAUAUUUUGUAAUAAUAUCUGCUGUCUUAUUAACCUAUACAACUGCAUUGUUUACAUAUUUUAAUUUUGCUGGAAGGCAUUACAAAUGUUAAGAAAAGAUUCUAUACAAGGGUUAGGGUUCAUGGAGGGGGGCAGCUCUUUUUUUUUAGUAGACAAUAAUACAUACAAUAUGUACAAAUGCACAUGCAGUACUGUAUAUAUCUACUCAUCAUAUUUUUAUGAAUAUUGUGGAGGUAGAUAGUCUCUAGCAUUUCUUGCUAGACAUGUUUGCAUUUUUGGUAGGGAUUGUUUUGUGAAUAAUACUUGUUUGGAUUAUUUAUACCAAGAGAGGCAUGUAUUAAAAGAGUUGUUCCAACAAAUGUACAGAACUUUUGAGAUAAAAGAAUGAAAUACUGUAAUGGGAAAAAGACAUAAGGGACAUUCACAUAGUAUUAAAAAAAAGUAGCUUAUUAGAUCCCAUUUGUAUGUAAACCAAUGUGCAUUAUACAUGAUCUUUCAACCACUGCCCACUAGAUGCCAAUAUGGGGUGCAUGAUAGGCAAAUUAAUAUUACGUGUAACUGGCUUACCACAAUUAAAAUAAAUUGUUUAUCUCGAAGAUCACUGGGGCCCAGAACUUGAACCCAUUUUGUGACACUGACAAAUUUCCUGCCAAUCACCCACAGGGUGGGAAUAUAUCAGAUUCAUAAUAAAAUAAUUAUUAAACUAAAUUCUGUCUAGUGUAUGUUAAGGCUUUUUGGGGUCUUGAUGUUAGAUAAACUAUGAACAGCAGGACAGAAAUGGUUGGACACAUUUUCUUUUACCUAAUUACGCUGUUCACCUUGCAGUAAAUAGGUAUCCAGGAGUUAGGCAACUGUUAUUGGAUUGCAUCCUCACAAAGGUCAAUGGUUCGACCGUGGGAGGACCUCAAUACAAACUUAAAAUACUGUAUAUGUAUACACAGGCUUCGUGUCCUCAAUAAAAGAAAUUAUUAUUAUACAUCUUAAUGAACUGUAAAUAGCUCAUCAAUGCUGUAACUUGCUUGCAUCAACAAAUUUUGGGAUUCAGUUCCUGAGCCCACUGUGCCUGUGUAACCUUUCCCAUUACCACUCAAAAGAUGAAUAUAUGAGUUGCAUAACAAA